AUGGGACGCCUGUGUCUGCUCCUGGGUGUCACUCUCUCCCUACUCACCUGCCAGGUUUUGUGCUCCGGAGUGUUUGAGCUGAAGCUGCAGGAGUUCCUCAACAAGAAGGGGAUACCGGGCAACUCAAACUGCUGCCCCGGAGGCUCUGCUCAUCCUCAGGGCCACAACCAGCAGUGCGAGUGCAAGACUUUCUUUCGGGUUUGUCUGAAGCAUUACCAGACCAACGUGUCCCCCGAGCCUCCCUGCACCUACGGCGGCGCCGUGACUCCCGUCCUCGGCUCCAAUUCCUUCCAGGUGCCAGAGACCAACGCGGACAGCUUCACCAACCCAAUCCACUUCCCCUUCGGCUUCACAUGGCCCGGGACGUUUUCACUGAUCAUUGAAGCUCUGCACACUGACUCCUUGGACGACCUGACAACAGACAACCCGGACCGUCUGAUUGGCAGGGUCACAACUCAGCGUCACCUCACUGUGGGAGAAGAGUGGUCCAAGGAUAUCCAGACAGCCGGCAGAACUGAGCUGCGUUACUCCUAUCGCUUCCUGUGUGACGAGCACUACUACGGCGAAGGCUGCUCUGUCUUCUGCCGGCCCAGAGACGAUGCUUUCGGGCACUUCACCUGCGGCGAGCGCGGGGAGAUCAUAUGCAACUCUGGCUGGAAGGGACAAUACUGCACUGAACCAAUCUGUCUUCCUGGUUGUGAUGAAGAACAUGGCUUCUGUGAUAAACCUGGAGAGUGCAAAUGUCGAGUGGGCUUCAGUGGACGUUACUGUGAUGACUGCAUCCGUUACCCAGGCUGCCUCCAUGGCACCUGCCAACAGCCCUGGCAAUGUAACUGCCAGGAGGGAUGGGGUGGGCUCUUCUGCAAUCAGGAUCUGAACUACUGUACACACCAUAAGCCCUGUCUUAAUGGAGCCACCUGUACCAACACUGGCCAGGGCAGCUACACUUGUUCCUGUCUGCCUGGAUACACGGGUGCCGGCUGUGAGAUUGAGGUCAACGAAUGUUCUGGCAACCCCUGUCGCAACGGAGGCAGCUGCACUGACAACGAUAGCGGCUAUAAGUGCACCUGCCCACCGGGUUUCUAUGGCAACAACUGCGAGUUAAGCGCCAAUACCUGUGCCGAUGGGCCUUGCUUUAAUGGUGGGCGUUGCGCCGACAACCCUGAAGGUGGCUACUUCUGUCAGUGCCCAAUGGGAUACGCUGGCUUCAACUGCGAGAAGAAAAUCGACCACUGCUCCUCCAACCCCUGCUUAAACGGUGCAGAAUGUGUGGAUCUGGUGAACUCCUACCUUUGUCAGUGUCUUGAGGGAUUUUCAGGUCAAAACUGUGAGGACAGCAGCAGUAUCUCUGGAUACUGUCUGUCAUUCCCUUGUGAGAACGGUGGGACGUGUCAGGAGGAAGUGAACGGCUACACCUGUACCUGCCCUCCAGGAUAUACUGGCAAAAACUGCAGCUCCCCCAUCUCCCGCUGCCAUCACAGCCCCUGCCACAAUGGAGCCACCUGCCAUGAGCGCGGCGGUCGCUACGUGUGCGCCUGUGUGCCCGGCUACGGUGGUCACAACUGCCAGUUCCUCUUACCAGAGGUCCCCAGGGGUCAGCCGGUGGUGGAUGGACCGGAUCGGCGAUACUCUUCCCUAGAAAAUGAAAAUAUUGAUGACUUGGAGGAUGACGACAGUGGAUUCCCCUGGACCGCUGUGUGUGCCGGCGUCUUCCUCGUUCUUGUGAUUCUGAUUGGCUGCUCAGUGCUGGUGGUUUACGUUCGGGUCAAACUGCAGGAGAGGCACAGUAACCACGGCGACAGUGUCCACAGCGAUAGCCACGAGACCAUGAACAACCUGACGACCACCAACAACUGUCUCCGAAGUGACAAGGAGGUGGGUCCUAUGAUGACGACGUCAGUUAAAAACACCAACAAGAAGGUGGAUUACCAUUCGGACCUCGCCGGGUCACUGGGUGGUCUGAGUGGAAUCAGCGGGCUCAACGGAUCAGAGAAGAGCGGCUUUAAGACCCGCUACCCCAGUGUGGAGUACAACCUGGUCCACGAGCUCCGGCCUGAGGAGCUGUCACUGUGUAAAGAAGAGGAACAUGAUGAGCCAGAGGUUAAAUGUGAAAUGUUCGAUGAGUGUGACUUGGAGGAAAGAUACAGGAAGAGACAAAACAGUGACGCAUCAGAAAUGAAACAAGUAGGCGAGUCACCAAGCUGCAGCGAAGCAAAAUAUCAGUCGUCCAGCGAGUUGAACAAUCACGCAGCUAGUGAUCUUAAAUACCAGUCAACCUGUGAAGUUGAAUACCACAGUUCCAGCGACAGCAGGUACCAGUGUACCAACGGCACCAAAUACCAGUCGGUCUACGUCAUGUCGGACCAAAAAGAUGAAUGUAUCAUUGCUACAGAGGUAUGAUACCAGUCCAGACCAGAUCAGACCAGUUUCCUGUGGUUGAUGGCGGUCUACACACACCAGCC